GCGAAAAGAAGAGGGAUAAAGAAGAAACCAUGAGUCGUGGAAACCAGAGAGAGCGUCGCUGUACCCUCGAGUUCGACGGUGCAUCCAGUGGAAAUCCUGGAAAGUCUGGUGCAGGAGCUGUACUCCGUUCUGGGAAUGAGGUCCAUCGCUUCAGUAAAGGACUGGGCACUCAAACAAACAAUUCUGCUGAGUAUGAAGGUUUACUUUUGGGAUUGAAAGAAGCCAGUGAGAAAGGGUAUGAUCAUGUCGAAAUUCGAGGCGAUUCUAAGCUUGUUUGCGAACAGUUUAAGGGUAAUUGGAAAGUCAACAACCCGAAUUUAAGGGACUUGCGUGAUAAGGCUUUGGACUUGAAGGAUAACUUCAAGUCAGUCAAGGUUCAACAUGUUCCUAGGGGUUCUAACAGAGAAGCUGAUGCUCAAGCAAGUUGGGGCAAAAAUCUUGAAGCUGGCCAAGUUCAAGAAGACUAUUACUACUAUUGAUCAUAUUUGACAGCAUGAAACUGUCAAAACUAUUGGCAACUAUGUUACUUUUCUUGUUUAGGUUGUGUUUACUAGCUAGUUAAGCAUUUAGGGUGGUUUUACAUUUUACACACUGCAUGUCAGUGGUGAAACUCUGUUUGCAAUUUGAUCAUUUGCUUGC